AUGCGUUAAAGAUUAGGAGCCUUACAUGCUGACUCUCUUGAGGAGUAUAUUGAAUUAGCCAAAAUGUCCUGGCAAUAAAAUUUGAUUUUUUAUGGAUCAGAUUAAGAAAUUGCGGGUUAAUAGAGAGGAUUUGAUAAUUCAGAAAAAGAAACAAAUGUAAUUUAAUAUUACCAAUAGUGAUAGACCACUUCCAUUGAAGAGGAAGCAGAGAUCAAAGAUCGAAGCAAUGUUAAUGUUUUGGUUAUAGACAAUUUAGAUAAAAUUGACCAAGUGUUUAAAUAUUGUGGAACAUUUAGAAAAUCAAAAAAAAAUUAUUAUCUCGAAUAUUGUUCAAAACAGGAGACAUCUAGUUCUAAGGAAAUCCAUUUUCACUUUUGGAUUAUCAAUCAAACUAGUGUAAAAUAUUAAGAGUUGAUAGAAGGUAUUUAUAGCUUCACUAAUCACUUAGUUUAUUACAGAACUGCAGACUGUUAUGUUUACUUGAAUAAAUAAUCAAAAGACCACCAAUUUUAGCGAUUUUUUGAAAAAGUUAAACUGCUAAAUAAGCACAAAACCAGAAAGAUAUACAGAAUUGGAAACUUUAGAAGAGUUAGUGUAAUGAUAUUAUAAGAUUAUAAUAGAGUUAAUAAAAUCUAUAAAACAUUUAAGAGAAUCAAAUUAUAACACUUAGAAAUUUAAAAGAAGGCCUGAAGAAAAUAAGAGAAUAAUAUUUUUGA